CUCCGUGUAUAAUAUAAGGAAAAAAAUCGCAUGCCCGCUGUAAACGAAGAAGCAGAAUUUCGGAUUUUGCAAUCAGGAGAAAACGGACGGAUGAUUGCCGCAGCUAAAAGGUGUUUGGAAUAGGGUCCGACUUGUAGAAGUAAAACUCAACCGUAGCGGUAAACUAGUUGUUUCGUUUUCGUUUUGAAUUGAAAACAAGUUAGGGUUUUGGUAAAUCCCCAAAAUGUCCACCGGUAAACCCAAAGACAGUGACUUUCAGCUGGCUUUAGCGCCGGGAAACUCGAAACCACCCCUACCUCCGUCAUCAAAUGCGAUAGUGGAGUAUACUCCGCCUGUUUUUAAGGAGGAAGAGGAAGAUUUGGAAAUCAAGCUCCGUCGUAUUAUCGACAAUGUCCCCGUCCGUGUCAGCAAUACCUCCGGUAGUUCUGCUGGUUCUGGCUCCGGUGAUUUCCACCAGUAUCGGCAGAUGAGGCGCAAGGAGCAAGAUCGACUUGCUAGGAUGGAAGUUGACUACCAAAGAAGGAAAGAACUGGCAGAAUUUGCUAUGAGAAGGGAGGAAAGAUUAAAAGCUGCCGAGGAACGCACAGCAAAGAAGCGAGCUAAACGUCAAAAGAAAAAGCAAAGGAAAAAGGAGAAAAAGAUCAAAACGAAUGAUGGAGAGCAGCAGCAAGAGAAAGAACAUUCUUCAGAUGAUGGCGAUUCUGAUAACGAUGAGGGGGCAGUACAUUGAAACAAGCACAUGUUGUACGCGAAGUUUUUUAAAUUUGGUUAAAGUUAAGUAAGCUAGGUGAGCAUAUCUGACUUAAGGUAAAACACAGUCAUGACUUGGGUUUCUAUUAUUUGUAUCCUAUACGUGAGUUGUAAGGUACUGUGCUCUGAGACAUUGCAAUCAAAUCCUAUAAUGAUGAUUAUUUUAAAGGCAACCGACUUACUAAGUAUUGCAAGCUUUUAAUUUAGAAAAAUUCAGUACUGAGCUUGGCACUAGAUGUGUGGAACCGUGUAGUACAAAAGUAAACGGUAAACCUCACAAAUCUUUAUGUGGUUGUUCCAAUGUGUGUUAAGUGUCAACGUAAACUUCUGUAGAAUUCUUACUUUGGAGGAAAAGUGAGAUGUCUUAAUUGUUGAUCAAAAAUCAAUUAUUGAUACUAUUACACAUGUAUGAUAAAUUACGUGAUAAAAUAUCAGUCUUUGUUUUUUAGAAUAAAUAAAUGAUAGAGAUAAUCAAAUGGUUUUCUUACAUGGAGUGGUAUGUAACCUAAGUUCCCUCUGUAAUCAAUUUACCUAAACUAUGAUUGACGUCCUUAGGGACUGUUGUAACUUGUAAGGUUCAAGCAGUUUGGCAGCAUUUCUAUUAAAGACGGCAACCCUCAGUGUGGUUGGAUUAAAUUUAAUGUGGAUGGUUCAGUUUACGAUAGUUGUCUCCGUGUUUCUUGUGGCGGAGUAAGGAUGGGCAAUGACUUGUUAGUUUCUAUAAAAUUUGCUUUGGGGCUUGAUCACUGCUUCAAAAUUUGCUUGGAAUAAUGGAGUUUGUAAGACUUCUUGCAGAAAUGUUGACUCUUCGACUCUUGUACAUUGGAGGAUGAUUCAAAGUGAGGUCUAUUGGAAACAUGUUUACUGCUGGGAAGCAAAUACUGUUCUUACGGUGGCAUUUAGAAUGCACAAAUAUAAGAUUUGUGCACCAUGCACAAACUGCUUUUUUUUUUUGGACAGGUGGCGGUUUUGGGGGGUGGGGUUACCUGCUGGGGAAACAUAUUAUAAUGGAAAAUAUUGGUUUUAUUGUUUUUGCUGGUGACACCCUCCAAAACUGAAAAUGCAGAGUAGCAAUUCACACCACCCUUAGAAACACACGUGCUAUCCGCUUGGUUCUCACCUUCGUUUUCUUUCCCCAUCCUUCAUGUUCGACAGAGACGCAUAUUCAUCCCCAUGUUCUUCAUAUUUCCAGAAAUUUUUACUCACCAUCAACCUACCCAUUAACUUAAAUUUGAUCUUCAUCAACAAACUUUUCAAUUUUAUUUUAUUUUCCAUUGAAGUUUGGAGAUUGCAUCUCAGUUUGAUUUCUAGAUCUGGAUUUAUUAACUCUGUUGGUUGAUUUAUGAAAUCUUUAAACUUAAAGAAAGAUUAUAGCAUAAAGGAUAUAGAGCAUCAGUUCAUUCGAGCUUCGGAAUCUGGUAGAGAUGUUUCAAGGCUGUUAGAGGCAAACAAAAUCAAGGUUGGAUUUUCUGAUGCUAAAGACUUCUGAUAGGGAAGUCGUCUAAAUUGGCUUUGAUCACGACCAUCCAGCCCGUUUGUUGCCGCAAAAAGACUUCACCGGUUUUCCAGGGUAAGUUUUAAGUAUUAACCUAUUUCUGUAUACAGACACUAAUUGUUAAAUCUUUAGCAGCUGAAUGAUGGGUUUAGCCUUAAACAUUACAUAUAUGUUGGUUUGGGUUUGCCAUUUCUUGAAAAAUAAGAUGAAACCGUAUUAAAAAGACACAAGCUCAUAAUUGAAGCUGUUGCUGCUGAUAUAUAUGACUAAUGUCAAAUUCUUUCCCACUUAGCUGAACGUUUAGUUUGGUAAAAAAAAACAUGAAUAAUUUCCAUUUGGGUAGUAAUUAGUGUAUGCAUUAUGCAACAACAUGAAGUUAUUUGGAUGUAUAUUGGUUUUUGGGAUUUGAGUUUUCAUUCAGAGGAAAAGGGCUCCAUUUUUGUACAAAAUUGGCACAUGUACAUCAAACAUAUAGCGGCAAAUGCUUAUCAAACAUAUAUAGCAGCUUUUAGCCCAUUCAAUGCAUAGCAAUAGAACAGGCACAUGCCACAUGGCUAAUAAAGAAAAAAAUGGUUAGCUAGAGAGUAAAGCUAAGUAUGUUGACAUGAGGUUUUACCUUGCAACAAGUUUUGAAGCACGGGGGUGUUCUUCUCAAAUUGUAUUUUGCUAAGUUUUUAUUUUAAGCUUUUAACUGUUUCAUUUGUCUUGAUGGAAAUUGGAAACUAGAAAGGGGAGAAACUUGACAAAGGAACCGAGAGAAAGAGAGGAAAUUCAUGUUGAAUAUUCUGAUUGAGUUUGUUAGAAUGAAUUGGUUGGUUGCUAGCUGAGAACAGAUAGGUAUUCUUACCCAAUCUGAACUGAACCAGGACUGUGUUGACUCAGCACAAUUGGUUACAAUUAGUUCAAGUCUAGAGCCUUGUUUGGCUAGCUAAACUAUUAGCUAUACUUACUCUAUUAUGUCUGCUAUAGCUUUGACUUGAAAUAUUAAUAUGGACUAAUUUUGUCACCCUUUUAUGUAUAGAACCUGUACAAAAAAAUUAUUAGUUGGAAAAGGACGACAUAUUUUUUAUCAUCCUCAUCCAGGAACCCUUUGGCUUUGAAAUCAAUGGAAGAUAUUGAUGAUAGUUGAAGUGACUUUGUUGAAGAAUUCUGCAUGAUUGCUAGAAGCCAUUCAUCCGCACUUGACAGAUUGUAUGCAUGGGAUCGAAAGCUCUAUGAUGAAGUAAAGGCUAGUGAAUCCAUCAGGAAGGUCUAUGAUCGAAAAUGUUACCAGCUUAGACAUCAAUUUGCAAAAGACCAAGGCACUCAAGUGAUCGACAAGACCAGGGCUGUUGUGAAGGAUCUGCACUCGCAAAUAAGAGUGGCUAUUUAUUCUGUUGAUUCAAUAUCUAAAAGAUGUAUGAAGAUAUCAGGCAAAAAAGAUUUUAAAAGUGAAGAUGUAUGGCGAGUCUGUGAAUCUGUGUUGUGCACAUGCAAGUUUAACCAAGGUUCUUGAUCGACUGACCAAAUUUUCCGAAGCAUCGUUCAAGAUGUAUGAAGAUAUCAGGCAAAAAAGAGAAGUGGCUCGAAUUGUAUAUUACAAUUGCAGAACUAUCAGAGCUGAAUAAUGUUAAUUCUCAACUACAGGCUUUGGGCUGCUAUAUGCUUUGGAGAUUUUAAACGUAUACGAAAAACACCUAAAAAAAAAAACUAUGAACAUAUAUGGUCUUUGACUCUAUGCACUUGUUCGAAAAAAGAAAUUUGUAAGAUGGAGUAUCUGUAAAUGAUGGUCAGUUCAUGUUAAAAAGGCUUAAGAUUUUUUCAUACUUUGUAAAAAAACUAUAAUUACUUUUCAUUGAUGUUUGUUCUGAGACAACAAAA